CGGGAUACAUCGCAACGGUAGAACAAUAAUAACGGCACAAAACGACCACAAACCACAGUAGUUUGUUCGUAUGUCCGUAGUCCAGUUUAGCAAUAGAUAUUAGUAAUAACAAUAAAAUAGUGCAAUAAAUACGCGUCAGGUAUUAUCAAAAUAAACAUUUAAAUAGCGGCGUUGUUUUGUGCAUGUAAAUAAGCUCAACUCACAUUCAAACAAACAUAGACGAGGGAUAGUUAUAGAAUUAGCAUAUCAAUUUUGGCAGGAAUUUUAACGUUUUUUUAAUUACAUAAUAAAAUAAAAGAUUUUGGUGUGUGUUGCAAAACCAAAAAACGGAAAAAACAGUGAAUAUAAAUACCACAGAAGGGCUUUAUACAUAUAAGAUAUAAAAGAAAAUCUUCGGCAACAGCAAACUCAAGAAUUUGCACAAACAAAAUCUGACACACGAAUAAAGGACGGACGGACGGCCGACCGCGACCAAAGAACCAAAACAAAUUUUCAACCAAAAACAGACACGGGCGGAUCUAAAAUACUUAAAAACAUUUGUGUUGGAGGUCGAUGUCAUUGCGAUUUUGAUACAUAUAUGUUGUUAUGUUGUUUUUAAUCCGAGGCAGCGGUUAUAACAAACAAAGCCAAGCGAGAGAGCAAUAUUACAACGUGUGUUGUGCGUGAGUUCGUUGGUGUGUUGUUUUGUUUCUGAGACUGAGUGACGGCCGACAAAGUGUGUGCAUGUAUGUGUGUGUAAAUAAAAUACAUAAUUAUAAUUGCAGUGAGUGCAAUUAGUUCCUUGUGUAUAUUGUGGCCCAUUGUUUGGCUAGAAGAAAGUAAUAAAUAAAUAAUAACAACAAAUUCAAAUGGCCACGCUAGAUUUGUACACAUUGGCAUGGGAGCAUUUUCGACCCGGCAGUUCUCCCGUUGAUUGGUGCGAAGGAAAUUAUUUAAUAUCGGGGAAUAUUGCCGAAUUUGUUAACACGAUAAGCAAUUUCUUGUUUUUGUUAUUUCCGCCGGUGCUGAUGUAUCUGUUCAAAGAAUAUGGGCGCUUCGUUACCCAAGGCAUACACUUACUCUGGGCCCUAUUGAUAAUUGUUGGACUUAGUUCGAUGUAUUUUCAUGCGACACUCAGUUUGAUUGGUCAAUUGUUGGAUGAAUUGGCCAUUCUAUGGGUAUUCAUGGCGGCAUAUUCUCUAUUUUGCCCAAAGAAAUAUUUUCCGAAAUUCUGUCGAAGUAACAGGCGAACAUUUGGUUUAUUGAUGUUUACAUGUGCAAUAAUUGCAACAGGACUAUCCGUAUGGAAGCCGAUUGUUAAUGCGUUUGUUCUAAUGGCAAUGGGAGUUCCAACUAUGGUUAUGUUAUACACUGAACUCAAAAGAGUUCAAGACCAAAGGGUCUAUCGUUUGGGAUUACGUUCAACUGCUGUUUGGGGUAUUGCCGUCUUUUGCUGGGUAAAUGACCGCCUCUUCUGUGAUAUUUGGUCAGCGAUAAGUUUCCCAUAUUUACAUGGAUUUUGGCAUGUAUUCAUCUUCAUCGCUGCCUACACCUUACUGGUGGUCUACGCUUACUUAUAUGUGGAGAGUGAACUGCCACAGCGCCAACCAUUGCUCAAAUAUUGGCCAGUCAACGAAUUCGAAUUUGGCAUACCAUUCAUAUCCAUACGCAAUCCCGGUAAAGAGUUUAAAAAUUCAAUUUAAAUUUUACCCAUUAGUGGUAGAUAUCACAAUAAACAAAAACCAAAAACCAAACGUGAUAUAUUCAGGAAUAGGGAAACACAAAACAAUGUUAAUUAAUAAUCAAAAAAAAAAAAAAAAGAAAA